ACUGUCGGUAGAUCGCAUAGUAAUAGACUAUAAUAGUCAACUUUCUUCCAUCCUUCUCAAAUUGGUCUGAAUCAGAUGGAAUCAUCGACUCCGAUCGCCGUCGCCGCUCUUAUAUUACUCUUCCAAACCCAUCUGGCUCUUUCUGGUGAUCGCCACUCUAUGAUUCUCCCACUUUUUCUCGCUUCUCCUUCUUCUUCCCCGAAUUUAUCAGUCAAUUCCGUCGCAAAAUACCGACGUCAUCUUCUGGGUUCCAAUGCUCGCAUGCCACUAUACGAUGAUCUUGUUCUCAACGGUUACUAUAGCACGGAAAUUUGGAUUGGGACUCCUCCGCAGAGAUUUGCGCUUAUUGUUGAUACAGGUAGCACUGUUACAUAUGUUCCUUGCUCUACUUGUGAACAGUGUGGUACGCAUCAGGAUCCAAAAUUCCAGCCAGAUAAAUCUACCACUUAUAAGCCCGUGAAAUGUAAAGCUGAUUGUACUUGCGACAAUGACAAGGCUCAAUGCACAUACGAGAGAAUGUACGCAGAAUUAAGUUCAAGUAGUGGUGUUCUUGGAAAGGACACAAUAUCUUUUGGCAAUGAGAGUGAACUAGUGCCUCAACGAGUUGUCUUUGGUUGUGAAAAUGUGGAGACAGGCGAUCUGUACAGUCAGAAAGCGGAUGGAAUCAUGGGAUUGGGACGUGGUGAUCUGAGUAUAGUUGAUCAACUCGUAAAAAAAGGUGUAAUCAAUGACUCGUUCUCUUUGUGUUAUGGUGGGAUGGAUAUUGAAGGUGGUGCAAUGGUGCUUGGUGGAAUCUCUCCUCCUUCAGACAUGGUCUUUACACGCUCUGAUCCUAACCGCAGUCCUUAUUACAAUAUUGAGCUGAAAGGGAUUCAUGUUGCUGGGAAGCAGUUGCCUUUAAACACUAGUGUUUUCGAGGGGAAGUAUGGGACAGUUCUUGAUAGUGGAACAACAUAUGGUUAUCUACCAACAACUGCAUUUAUAGCAUUUAAAGAUGCAAUAAUGAAGGAACUCAGCUCACUGAAACAAAUUGCUGGUCCUGAUCCAAAUUAUGAUGAUAUAUGUUUCUCUGGUGCUGGAAGUGAUUUAUCCCAACUGACCAAAGUCUUCCCAACUGUUGACAUGAUAUUUGACAAUGGACAGAAACUGUCAUUAGAUCCUGAAAACUACUUAUUCAGGCAUUCCAAGAAGCCUGGAGCAUACUGCCUUGGCAUUUUUCAGAAUGGGAUGGACACAACCACUCUUUUGGGAGGAAUUAUUGGGCGUAAUACUCUUGUGAUGUAUGACCGAGAACACGAGAAGAUUGGUUUCUGGAAAACCAAUUGUUCUCAGCUAUGGAAAAGGCUUCGUGAUAGUGUUCCAUCCAUGCCCUUAAGUCCUAACCUAACAGCAAACUCAACCCUGUCCUCAAGUCCUAACCUAACAGCAAACUCAACCUUGUCCUCAAGUCCCAACCUAAAAGCAAACUCAGUUAACAUUUCAACUUCUUCGGCUCAGGAUUUACCGGUUUAUAUUUUUCAAGGUACAAUAAGCUUAGUGUUCUUGCACCUUGUGAUGGCAAGUUUUUUAGCUUAAACUUAUAGCAGGCACAACAGGAGGAAAUUAUCACAUAAUUUGUAGUUGUAAUCAUUUUAAUGUAAGAAGUAGCUUGUAUUAUUAUUAUUUGUGAAAUCAUUGAGUUGUAUGUUCUGUAGACUAAAACUUUCAUAUACAAAUCUUAACACUUUUGUUCUGAAAUUAUUAAUAAUUUUUGUGUAA